CUUGGGUGCAGGUUUGUGUGAGUGCUGAGGGGGUGCAGUCCCGGAAUGAAGCUGAAUGCAGCGGCUGGAACCCACAUCCUGCAGAGCCAUGGGGUGCAGAGCAAAGCCCCGUGACCAGGGUGACCAGGACAGGCGCCCGGACCCUUCUGCUCCGCACCCCAGCAAACCUCUGCUCUGCCUGAUGGAGGCAUCGCUGCACUGAGCUCCCUGAGCACAGGCAGGGGAUGGCAAACGAGCCGCGGAUGGGGCCACUGGCGGCUCUCAGUAGGGCACUCUCUGUUAAACAUGAAAAGCAAACCCAGAUUGGUCGAAAGGGCCUGGAAGGAAGCAGGAGUUACAAAUAGGGACUGAAAGCUAAAGAGAGAAAAUCUUAAUUAGAUCUCCACAACCUGUAGAGGAACACAUUUGGAUUAAAAUGAAACGGAGCUUUGUACUCUCUGGAUUCAGUGCAAGAACGGAAGAAUUAUUCACAUUUGCUAUUUGUGAAGCUGGAUUGCUUUUUCUGUGAACUUGUCUUUUUAACUUCUCACCUUGUCAGAAAGCUGUGAAAAGCUGCUGGGAUGGUGUAUUUGGGGUAGUUCUUAUCGCAGCACAUAGCAGAACCAUUUCCAUGGUUUCAGAACAUGGGCAGAGUUCCCUAUUUAAUCUGAUCCUCCCCACAUUAACUCCUUUCCUCUUGUGGCAAGCCGGUCUGUCCACCGUUCACCCACCUGCCUCAUCGUUCACUACCGCUGAUGUUUUCUCUUUGUGACUAUCUAUCAAUAUUUAAUAGGGUGGUGUCAGUGUUGCUGUAAGAUGAGAGGAACUACCAGAAACCUUGAAUUAUGCAUUGUGUGGCUGGGGGAAGCUGGGCAGAGUUUUCUUUUGGACCCAGCGCACUUGGAGUUGAUCUCCAGGAGCCGCAGCGAGAAAUCCCGGUAAUGGAAGAGCCCCAGAUGAAGCUCAGUGCUCGGCACGAGGGGAGGCCCCGCAAAGUGAGGUUCAAAAUAUCAUCUGCUUACAGCGGCCGGGUGUUGAAACAGGUCUUUGAGGACGGGCAGGAGCUGGAGCUCCCGGCCAAGGAGCACUCCCGGCUCUUCGUGCGGCACUGCUUCGAGCCGCGGGACCAUUGUGCUGCGGAGCUGCCCGAGCGCAAGCUGCUCCCCCCGGCCAAGCUGAGCGCGCAGCGGGUCAGCAUAUUCAAAGAGGGGCAGAUGCUGGGCCUGGGCAGCACCUCGCCUCUGCUCGACCGCCCGCCCGCAGACAGCUCCGGCCAGCCUUCCCCAAUUCUAGACUUUGGCAAGAUCAUCAUCUACACAAACAACCUGAAAAUCAUCCGUGCGCCGAUGAACCAGAAAGAGCUCAUGAGAAGAAUCAUCCAGACUGAGGGAAUAAAUGACUGGGCUUUCAUAUACCGGGAAAAGAAAGAAAAAAUUGGUGGUGGACAUAGAAAAGAUGUGGAAAAAAAGGUUGCCUGCAACCAGUAUGUGCAGGAAGGAGAUGACGAACAUGGGUGCUCCCAGUGUAAGGGGUCGGGCUCUGCCCCUUGCUCCCUGUGCCAUGGAAGCAAGUUUUCAAUGCUGGCAAACAGGUUCAGAGAGUCCUACCGGGCCCUGCGCUGCUCGGCAUGCAAGGAAAGCGGCAUGCAGCCCUGCCACAUCUGUGCUGCCUGACCAGCAGCGCUGCUGCG